AUGUGUGCCUUGCCGCUAAAGGCAGCUACAGCCACAGUCAUGCUAGACCAAAGGCACCCUCCACUCCAACAGCUACCAAGCAAUAAUAAUGUAUAUAAACUAAAGAAGAUUACCGAUCAUAAUAUUGUUGUAAUAUAUUUACUGACAGAAGUAUACAGUAUAACUUCAGUAAUAACUAUCAUUACUAAAAUAUAA